AUGCUACGUGUGCAACAGAACAAGCCCCAUCUGCCACGUGACUCUUCGUCGCUGCCACGUGUCGUCGCUCUUUCGCCGACCGAUCCAUUUCUAUUCCGCUUCAAGUCCAACCGAACCCAUCUCAGAUUUCUCGAACGCCAUAUCACUAACAGUAACAUCAAGACCAAUUAUUGUCCAAAGAAAUCACACACGACCAAACUAAACUCGCCAAAAAUGAUCAACCUCGUGGCUCUUAGUCUUGUAAUGGCUUCACUCGCCGGAGCAGGUGUCUUCUCUCCCGCGCCACAAAUCCGUCGGAACGGCGACUCCGAGCAGACCAUCGUGAAGGAAGGUCACAGAGUGGUCGUGGUGGAAUACGACCAAGACGGCCACCAUAACACCAAAAUCUCUAUCACCCCAGAUCAACCACACAGCGAGAGAUUCAUCAUCGAAGGCGGCGCCACUGAUCGCUCCGGCGUGUUCGGCGAAACCAAGGAGAGGAUCAAAGAAGCUGCUUCAGUUCUCCCAAACAUUGGUCAAGGCCUCUCAUCUCAAGAUCUUCCCCAUGACCAAUAUGGCUCCUUUCUUCACGCUCCUAAGGAGCUCAUUUGCGACGCUUAUGGAAAAUGCAAGCACAAGAUUGCCGACGCCAUGGGAAGAGCAAAGGAUAGUGCCAGAGAAGCCAUGGAAACAACCAAGGAGGAAGCAAGAGAUACAGCAAAUAACGUCCAAGCAAAAGCGAAAGAUACUUUAAAAGGAGCCAAGGAAGUUAGUGAAACAGUGGCAGAUUCAGUUGGAAAGGCCAAAGAAACAGUUUCACAUAGGACACAUUAUGUCCAAGAAAAAGCCAAAGAUACCUUAAAAGAAGCAAAGGACACUGGAAAUACUCUCAGGAAAGAUGUUUCGAGCAAUGUUUCAGAAGCAGUGAAGAAUGUUGGAAGCUAUAUAGGGUCAAAGGAGACGCUAGAUAAUGUUAUGAGUGCUGCAAAUUUGAUGGGUUUUGCUACUGCUUAUGGGUUAUGUGUUUGGGUUACGUUUGUUUCAAGCCACGUGCUUUCUAGGGCUAUGCCAAGGCAACAAUUUGGGGUGGUUCAGAGUAAGAUUUACCCAGUUUAUUUUAGGACUAUGGCUUAUAGUGUUGGAUUGGCUUUGUUGGGGCAUGUUUUGAGACAUCGAAAGACUGUGUUCUUCAGCAAGGCUGAAAUGUUUCAAGUCUUUAAUCUGUUGGCCUCGCUUUUAACUCUCUUUGUCAAUUCCAUGUACUUGGAGCCGCGUGCCACUAAGGUUAUGUUCGAGAGGAUGAAAAUAGAGAAAGAAGAAGGAAGGGGAAGGGGAGAUCUUACCUCUGAGCUUGGCAAAGGGAAUCAGCACACUACCGGCGCAAAUUCCACCGCGGCCACUGAAACCGCCACUGCCACCGCUAAUACGCCGGCGAAGGAAGGAGAACACGAUGUGGUCCGAUCCCGGAUUAUUAGGCUGAACGACAAGCUGAAGAGGCUUAAUUCACAUUCAUCACUGCUAAAUAUUCUGAAUUUGAUGUCUCUUACAUGGCAUCUGGUUUAUUUGGCUCAAUGCCUUCACCACAAUUGUUGA